CUCUCCGCCCACCCAAUUUAAAGGGGCGGAGCGAGGCGGGGUUUAGGCUAUAUAAAGGGGCGAGAUGCAGACCCAUCCGGCUGUAGACCGCGCGAUGGAGGUUUCCGGUGUGGGUGUUUCGGGCGAGGCUCCUUGGAAGAAGAUGUCUGCAGAGGAGCUGGAGCACCAGUACCUCCCCAGGCAAUGGGUCGUCCGACUGGGAGCGGAAGAAGCCUUGAGGACCUACUCACAGAUAGGAAUUGAAGCUACCAGGAGAGCCCAGGCCACCUGGAAGAGCCUGCUGCACGUCCCCUAUGGAGAUGGAGAAGGGGAGAGAGUGGACAUCUACUUUCCCAACAAGGUGGCUGAAGGUGCCUUGCCUUUCUUCCUGUUCUUUCAUGGAGGAUACUGGCAGAGUGGAAGUAAGGACCAGUCCGCCUUCAUGGUCGACCCACUGGCAGCGCAGGGAGUGGCCGUGGUGAUAGUGGGUUAUGACAUCGCCCCUAAAGGCACCCUGGACCAGAUGGUAGACCAGGUGACCCGCAGCAUUGUGUUUGUCCAGAAGCGGUAUCCAAGCAAUGAGGGAAUUUACCUGUGUGGACACUCAGCCGGGGCCCACCUGGCUGCCAUGAUGCUCCUGGCCGACUGGACCAAGCAUGGAGUCACGCCCAACCUAAAAGGCUUUUUCCUGGUGAGUGGAGUCUUUGACCUGGAGCCUAUGGUGUAUACAUCACAGAACGUUGCUCUCCAGCUGACCCUGGAGGAUGCUCGGAGGAAUAGCCCCCAGCUGAAGGUGGCCCAGGCGCAGCCGGCGGACCCUGCCUGCCCUGUGCUGGUGGUCGUGGGCCAGUUUGACUCCCCCGAAUUCCAUCGACAGUCCUGGGAGUUUUACCAGGUACUCCCAGCACAGACCCUGUGUCAAGGAGGGUGGAAAGCCUCGUUUGAAAAGCUCAGCGACGUGGAUCACUUUGAAAUCAUUGAGACUCUGACCCAGAAGGACAGCGUGCUCACCCAGAGACAGAGUCUCCUCUGCUGCACCCAGGCUGGAGUACAGAGGCAAAAUUUUAGUUCUUUGCCGCCUCUUGGGCUUAAGUGGUGAUCCUGCCUCAGCCUCCCGAGUAGCUGGGACUACAAAGAUUUUCUUGAAAACAAUCUUCCAGUAGUUCUCACAAUACCUGGAGCCUGGUCCACGUGCACCCCACCUUGGGAAGCCUCGCCACAGAGCUCUCAGAGCUGAAGCUGACGGUUUCAGUUUUCCCCAGCACCCAGGAGAGCCUCGCUGUGUCUGCCUGCCGGGAAGAGUCCAUUCUCACUGCGUGGACACUUGUGAAAAUCUCCAGGUCCUCCCUCUUCCCAGCCUGGAUGGAGCUCUACGGAGGCUCCAGAGAAGGUCCACAAGUCAAUGCUCUGAGAUGCUGGAGCCACCUCUUGGCCUCGUCUGGCCCCUCAUCUGCUGACAGAGCGUGACAGAAAUGACUUACCUCCAGCGUUUCUGUAUGACCCACGAGCUAAGAAUAGCUUUGCAUUUUUAGAUAGUCCAUAAAGAGUCACAAAAGAGUAUUAUUUCAUAACAUGUAAAAAUUAUAUCAAACUUAAAUUUCCAUGUCAAUAAAUAAAGUUGUAUUGGAAUACG